AUGGGAACACCUGUACAAAAUGGAGUCAAAGAAGAGGCUAGAAAUCGUGAAGAAGUAGCAGCUGUGCAUCUGGAUGUACGACAAGGGUACAUGGAAAUAUUUGAUUCGUUUACUGAACAUAAUGUGAAUAUGGACAUUGAGGAUGAAAAAAGAAGAACACCAUUAUUCUACGCAGUAGAAUAUGGGUAUUGCCGUGAAAUGACACCACUGUUCAUGAUAUUUAAGAAAAUUCUAGGUCGCCGGUAUGAGGGAGACAAUUUGUAUAGUCCGGAUCAUAUAAGGAAGAUAGAAAUAUCCGGAAUGCUAAUAAAAUUUGGUGCUAAUGUCAAUCAGCAGACGACUAAUAACGGGGCAACACCAUUGCACCUAGCAGGAGCGAGAGGAUGUGAUAAAAUUGUAACGAUACUGCUAGAAAAUGGGGCAAAUGUUAAUAUAAAAGAUAAAAAGGGAAGAUACGUGGUACGAUAUUGCAGAUAUGCGCGACAAUAUGAUAUUUUGCCUGCAGGAUACGAAAAAGAGCCAGAUGAAAUAUCAUCAGUCACUGAGGGACACGUUAGUUGGACGCAUUCGAUAAUAAGACAGUUCUUCAUAAGAAAAAGAGUUAUAGAAGAUAUGAUAAACCAGGAUUUGGAGUUGGAAUUGUUGAAGUAA